AUGGGAAAGGGCAUCGAUAAGGACAAGACCACGCUGACAUCUGAUAGAUACAUUCAGAAGGUCGAUCAGAUUGCCUCAGAAAUCGGAGAUGAACUGGUUCAACUAUUAGAGAUUGUUCCAGACCAAAACAAUAGUCGCCCUCAAGGAAAGAACACCAUGGAGGUUCAAGCAAAAGAAAGUGACGAAAUGACCAAAAGAGCUGUUACGAGCGCAAUCGCCUCCAUUUAUGAUCCACAUGGUUGGAUUCUCCCAUUUCUUUACCGAUCGGAAACGUUUCUUCAAGGAUUAUGGAAAAAUCAACAUGGCUGGGAUCAAAGGCUACCUACAAGUAAGGGAGCCGAAUGGAUAAACAUAGUGGAUGAAGUGCAAUUCUUUGAAAAGAAGAUGUCACGGUACAAAGGAUCCAAGAACGAGACGGUUAUUCCCACCACUUUCGCAGAUGCUAGGCUGGGAUCAAAGGCUACCUACAAGUAA